CGUGGAUCGAAUCGUGGGGGGGAGUCACAGAUCCCGCCGCGACACGAACCCCGGAAGGCAUGUCCCGGCAGGGUGUCCCGGAUCCGUCCAUCGGCUCCGUCGUGCCGGUGCGUGGCACCGUACGGUACAUUAAAGUACCUUACCGUACGGUACAUAGCCAGAGUACGGUAUUACCAACGCGGGACCAAGAUGGUUACAGCGGCUCCGGAAGCAAGCGGCGAUGCGAAAACCUACCGAUUUGGGCAACGCUACAUAUCGACACACAUACCCACACACAAUAGAUUGGCGACGUACUGGCCUCGUCCAUUGUCCAUUGUCCAUCGCCACGACAAAGUCUCUCGGAUUGCAACGGGGAUCGGGGGACCGAAACGAAACGAAGCGAAACGAAACGGACCACCGAUCGAUCGCACGGUCGGACCGUCGGAACCAAUCGUGGCGUCCCCGCACCGCCGCAUCGCGGCCGCAGCGGUGUCCCGCCGGCGGCUGUUCCGCGGUGCACCCGGCCCGGGCGUGCUGCGUCGCCGGACGGAGACGGCACCGAUGCCCGCACGGGACAACAACAACAACAACAGCAGCAGCAGCAGCAACACCAAAAACAACAACGACAACACCAAAAACAACAACAACGACAGCAACACCGAAACGGGCCGGGGGCACCGGUUCCCCUCCACCGCGGCGGGCGGCGUGGCCGAAGGCUCGCACCAGAGGGAGGGCCGGUUCUUCCCGCGCCGCCGAAGGGGGGAGCCCCUUUCCGGUCCCUUGCACGGAAGGCCCGAUGGCGACGGCAGCAAGGACAACCGCAGAAGCAACACCGCUUCCGGCAACGACAGAAAAAGCAACGGCCACGGCCACGGCCACGGCCACGGCCACGGCCACGGCCACGGCCACGGCCACGGCCUUUGGUUCGGAGGGGGACCACCCUCCCCCCCGAACGCGGGCCCCUUCCGGUGGGAGCCCCACGGAAGGGUCCGUCCUGCCGGCACCGAAACGGCGAUCCAAGACUCCCCCUCCGGAACGACACCGAGCCACGGAAUCGUCAUGGGCCUGCUGGUGGUUCUGAUCGUUGCGCUGUGGAUCAACAUUGUCUUUCUGGUCUACCGGCCGCUCUGUCGGUACUGCAGGCGCAAGCUGGGAUUCCUUGCCGCCGAGGACCAAACCAUGGUGGAGCAGAGGUACAAAACCAUCGACAAGUGGAUGAUCCAAAAGGUGAGCAGCACGUCCUUCCUUGCUUCCUUUGGCCGGGAAGCAACCCAAGCGACGAGGCGAGGCGAGGCACGGCACGGCACGGCAUCGAUGCGGUGUUCUUGCCGCUGGCGACGACGACGACGACGACGACGAUGCUUUUGGUUUUGGUUUUGUCUUUGAAUUGAAUUAAAUGAAAUCGGGCAUUGUGCCCUGCGUCGAUGCGAUGCGAUGCGAUCUUAUUUUUUUUCGUUUUUUUUGCGCCUCCCCACUCCAUCGCAUGCGCAACACAACCACCGGCUUGUUGUGUUUUCCUCCCCCGCGACGCGGAACCCAAACGCGAAAACCCGACACCCACACCCAGACCGUCCAGCCCCACGACGACACCUGCGAGCGAAUACAGAACUAUUCCCGGUGGCAGAGCGGAACCCAGAACCACCCCUUCCACGGCGUAGCCGAAACCGCCUGCGGUGGGCCCUCGCACCAUCCGCCGCCACACCAUCCCCCCCUGUGCCAAGCGGCCAGCUUCGAGACGGAGGCCACCCAAAGCAGCAGCAGCAGCAGCAGCGAUGGCGCGUCUUUUUCCGUUUGCGGUGGUGCCCACCGGGGGGCAGAAGACCCGCUCGGGGAAGGGCUCUUGGGCGGCCUUCUCACCCGAGAAAGCGUCUUGGCCAAGAUGGAGGUCGGCGGUCGAGCACCCGACACCGAAGACAAACCCAAUAACGACAACCACCAACACGAGACACGGAUCCCAAGAACAGAGGCCGUUGCGCGGGCCACCGGCCUUCGGAGCGGGACGCAAGGAGCCGGACCGCAAGCGCCAGCGGAUGCCACGGCCACCGUUUGCGGCAUCUGCCUCGAGCGCUUUUUGGAAGGGGAGACCGUCUCGUUUUCCCCCCUGCAGGGCACCGGCUGCCACCACGUCUUCCACCACGGCUGUUUCCGGGAGUGGCUCCUCCGGAGGACCGGCUGCCCCUGCUGCCGGGCGGUCGUCCUGCCCAUCGACCGGGAACCCACCGAAGCAGACGCCGAAGCAGACGCGGACGCGGACGCCGAAGCAGACGCCGAAGCAGACGCGGACGCCACCGCAACGCCCGCAGCUUCCAGCACACCUGCGCCAAAGCGCAAGGACGGGCAGGGCAGGGGCACGAAGGACCUCCGAAAGGAACGAGCCCGGCUCGUCGGCCAGCGGUCCCUGCGGAAGAAGGGGGCGUUUUUCUGCGCGGGCUGCGGCCUCGUGCGCCUGGGGGAGGGGCUCUCGAGGGACCUCUGUCUCCCGGUGCCGGGGGGAUCUCUGGCAACAACGGCAACGGCAACGACAACGGCAAAAACAACGGCAGCGGCAGCGCGCACCCGUGCCGGGGCGGGCGUCCGAGAGCGGCAGUGCUCCGGUGUCCCGACCGCUCCGGCACCAGAGAACCAGCCACCAGCCACGCGGCGCAGAGAGGCAGCCCCCCCUGGCUAGCAGGGCAGAGGAUGGCAUGCACUGCCGCACGAACCGAAUCACUACUAGCAGUAGCAGUAGUAGUAGUAGUUACCAAACUUUGUUGUUCAUUAGAUACGAUUGCAUUAU